UCGAACAAGAUUGAAAAUGAAAAAGUAAUUUUUCAUUUUACUGACUGAGUAACUUUAUAUUAUUGUAAAAAAGUUGGAUUCAUUGUGUGAUUUAUUGUAAUAUCCAGUUAUAAAUUACUGAUUUUGUCUAGACAUUCCUUAAAGCUUUUAGAAGUAACGUUAAGACAAACUAAGUAAGAUGAUGCAAUUUAUGCUCCUAUUUAGUCGGCAAGGCAAGUUACGCCUACAGAAAUGGUACGUGGCCCACCCUGAUAAACUGAAGAAGAAAAUUACCCGUGAGCUUAUCACCACAGUGCUGGCGCGGAAGCCGAAAAUGUGCUCCUUUCUCGAGUGGAAAGAUGUCAAAGUAGUAUAUAAGAGAUAUGCGUCCCUGUACUUCUGCUGCGCCAUGGAACAGGAGGACAAUGAGCUGCUGACUCUGGAGCUCAUCCACCGCUAUGUCGAGCUUCUUGAUAAAUACUUUGGCAGUGUAUGCGAGCUGGACAUAAUCUUCAACUUCGAGAAAGCCUACUUCAUCCUUGAUGAGUUGGUGCUCGGUGGGGAGCUGCAGGAGACCAGCAAGAAGAACGUGCUGAAGGCCAUCGCUGCACAGGAUCUUCUGCAGGAGGACGAGACGGUGGACGCGGCGCUGCGCGAGGUGGGGCUACUCUGAGGGCCUCCGGAAACUUCCAGAUUCUUCCAUCACCGUUGGAUUGCCAAAGACUAAACUGUUUGCUGCGCGCCUUUCUUAUUGGAGAGCGAAUCGAUCAAUGGCGAUGGCGUAAACAUGCCAACUUAAGUUCGGGGUAAAUUCAUCGAAUUCGGGCAUGGAGCUAUGCUCAGUAUCCUGGUCAAAUUAGGUCAAGUCCCUCUAAGGCCAAUGCCCCGUGGCAUUUACGAGUAGCUCACUUUGCCAUAGGUAUAGUUACGCCACUGCUAAUACUAGAAUCAAAGGAUUAUCAAUUGCUUUAUUUAGAGAUUCUUAAUUGAUCAUGUCUGUAACGAUAGAUAUUAUUUAAUCUUUUUUGUUAUUUAGAGCAAAAAGUGUCGUUCACGGGAUUGUGCUUUAUUAGCAACAAGUAAUUUCUAAAGCAAUUGAUGACCCUUGCCUAACUAAAAGCUUUCUGCACAUACUUGGCAAGAUAAUUGGGUUGUAAUUUAUAUGUUUCUUUCUAAAUUGUGUCUACAGAAAAACGGUUGUUAUAAUUAUUAUAAUGUAUCUUGCCAUGUAUGUAGAAAUAAUUUAAUUAAAGCGUGCGGCGGCGGAAAGCCAACUAUAAUCGUCGAAAAUAACCUUUUCGCCGCUACGACAAUGAAAAAAAUAGUGCCACAAAUAUGUAACACUUAAAUAACCCAUAUCAAAUGGUGGCGUGUGGGGCACGAAGUGUACUGACUUUAUAUCAAGUCAAUGGCGGCGGAAAAGGUUAAAUUGUUGAAUUUUUAUAUAUUUUUGUCUUUAAAGAAUUUUCGAUAUUAUUCUCCCAGUGAUUGUAUAAAAGCAUUUUAUAAGGUAAUUAAAGCCAUGUAAUAUGUAUUUAAAAUGCAACCACUUCAUAUAUUUAAAAAAUGUGGUUCAAAUGAAAAUAUAAAUGACUAAUGUUAUUCAGAUGUGGUUUUCUCUGCUGAAAAGUCCGUGUCACUAGUGAGAUCUAUAAUCUCACUUAUGAUUGGUUGAUCUCAUUUGUGACAUGGGUAACCUUGGCUGUCAGAUUGACCCAUCAUGAUUAGUUAAAGUGAACUUUGAACGGUGAGACUGAUGAAAAGAGUUGAAAUCUACAUGAAUGACUAAAUGACGUCGUCAAAUAUUUAUUUUAUUCCAAAUUCGAGUAUAUUCCGAGUGUAUUUGCAUAUCAAUCAAUUUAUAUCUAAUUUGUUUACUCGGGUUCGUUACGAUAUAGUUAUAGUUGCACUAGUAAACUUUAAAUAUGAAACAAUAAUUUUGAUUGGUGUACAAUCAAUAAAAUUCAGCUUUACCUAAUUGAAUUGGUUGAUAUCAAAUAUUACAUAAGUAACUAAAUUGAUUGAUUUAUUAAAAGUAAAGUAAUGGACCAAUAGAUUUUAUUAAUAAUUUAAAUUCUUGUUAUUUUCAUCAUAUGUAGUAACGACUUGUAGUCACUUACCAAACUUGAAUUGUUUUUAUCUUAAUAGGGGGUAUUACAACAAUGUUCUGCCACAAGAAUGCAGCACUAGCCCCUUUAGUAAACCAUAGAGUACCUUAUACAUACUGUACCUUUAACAGGUUUUUGAUAAGUUUUGAGAGAUAAUAAAAUAUGACAUUGAUGCAUCAAGGUUUGUUUACAGAGGACCUACCGGGAAACCCGAAUCCGAAAUUUCGCUAUCUGCAUCUUUAUCGCUCGAAUAUGCAAGAGUGACAGAGAUGUUAGAUAACGAAAUUUCGAUUUUCUUGUUUCGCGAUAGACCCUCAGAUUGUGGUAGAGGCGCCCCUUACGCAGUUUCGCGUAAUAUUCCCUAUUAAAUUAUGUUAUUUUACGUUUUGUGUUUAUUUUAUGUAGACUAGGUAUGAAAGAGAAUUAUUUUUUGUUGACACUAUAGGUAUACUUUUUGUAUAGGUACAUGUUUUUUGCUCGUUGUGCCACAAAACAAGAGUUACGUAAUAAAAGGUGUCUACAUAAAUUUUAGGAAGCUAGGUUAGUUUAUUUCAAAAAACCAGUGCUGAAUUUCAUAACAAUUAUGUAUAUAAAUGUGACUGUCCGAAUCAAUGUAUAAAAUCAUUCAUUAAUAAUAAUACACCGUGUUUUUUUAAAGUCCGUUAAUUUUAAGGGUGCAUUCCUGAACCGGUAUUCUCACUAACUCCAUAUAGGAGAUAAUCAAUGAUUUAUUUUUAUCUGAUAAGGCCCCUACUAGCGUGUACACUUCCCUUAGGGCCUGUUUACCUACAUAUAUGGCCUACAGUUUCAAUAUGUGUUUAAGUAUCAAAAACAACGCUUUUCCGGGGCAUUUCUAUCAUUUAUGAAUCAUUCAAAUAAUUGUCACCCAAAACAAGGUAUAGGAAAUCAUUUUGGACCAUAGUUGAGAGGUUUUAGUUCUGUGGUUUUACGGUCACACACCCGUAUUCCAAUGGUAAACAAGGGUGUCUUACAAUAAUAAUAUUAACGCCGAGUUGCGAAUAAAUUUCUCAAUUUCAUGCUGCCAAGAAUUCGCUAUGAAGGUUCAUUUUGUAUAGGAAUUGAGAAGGUUUAAAAUUAAAAUGUUAAGAUUAGGUAGGCCAAUAUAUUAUGUCGUCGAUUCAAUUUUCAAUCUAAUUCAUGUAUUUUAUGUAUCGUAUAAACGUAUAACAAUGUCAUUUUUUCGCCAAAAUUUUACAAUACUUCCUUGGGCCACUUCACCUUCAACUGACAAUUUUUGUACUGAUGUGUGAUUGCGAAAUUUUGAUUUGGAAAAAUUUCAGAAACUUCUUAUUUUGUAUAGGAAUCAAAAGUUUCCAUUUCCACAAUAAAAGUUUUACCUUGUUUCCUGUGAAAUUUCCUAUCCUCCUAAGGCCUAAGGUCCUACCUAUAGUACCUCUUCAGUUCGAUGAAAUUUAUAUCCUAAACAAUUGGAUCAGUCGCUUUUGCUUUCUUUCGUUCAAUUUUCCAACAAUGCAAAAUCAACUCUAUGUCCUACACUAUAGGUUCAAAUUUCAGUGACAAAUUUCGCAUUUUCAUUUGGUAUGGGCCUUAGGAGGCUAAAGCAUUUUGGAAACUUGCACAUCAGGUGGCCUAGCCAAGAUGACAUACGUUUGCGUCGUAGCGAACGAAACGCUGUCUCUCUAUCACUCUUUCAUAUUAGUGCUAGUUACAUGAGACAGAUGGCGUUUCGUUCGCUACGUUGCAAACGAUUGUCAUUUUGGUUAAGCCCUCUAUACAGUGAGCUGCGAAAUUGCAUGGAGAAAUUAUGAAUGAAUUCAUUGAUAGUCGCCAUGCACUUUUGCGGCUAAUGGUACAUACAAUUGUAUAAUUUUACGUCCUUAAUCUUAAGCAUAGGUAAUGUAUCCAUAAGAUGAGUAUCUAAAUCCUAAUGGUUUUCCAUUUAUUUUGAUUUAGGUACACUCGAGACAUCGAUGAAAACGUUUGUUAUUUUUGUAUUAUUAUCCCUUCUAAUAAAUAUUUUACCUAUA